AUGGACAUUCCAUUUGCUUUCAUAGCAUUUACAACUCAUCGUUGCUGCUCUUUAUUGUAUCACACAAAAGUUUUCUUUAAAACCAAACAAUGGAUUACUAUAUGCAUCACACUUCAAUGGAUUAUACAAUUUAUACUGUCAUUACCAUUCAUCUUUCGAAGCAAACGACAAUGCAUGAAUGAACUGUGGCUGAGCAUCUAUACAUUUAUUGUGGCUGUGGUAUUACCUUCAUUGAUUAAUAUCAUACUUAAUAGUUUGAUUUUUGUUCAUGUACGAUCAUCCGUUCGUCGCGUACAGCCGAACAUCGCCACAGCAUGGACGAGUGGAUUCAAUCGUGAACAGCAGCAACUACCAAAAAUUAGUCGUCGAGAGAUUGCAUUAUUACGGCAAAUGGUUUUCAUGUUUAUCAUGUUUGUUACAGUGCCAUUCUUGUGUUCAUUUCCAUGUUGCUCGGCGAACUAUGUGCAAUUGGUAUUAUAA